UUUCUUCCGAGACCUGCAAAUUGAAACGGAGAAGAUGAGCGUGUUGUGCUUUAUUAAUUUUGUUAAAGGAAUUUAUGGACUCAAUAAAUCUCGAGGGAGGCUAUCUCCAAAUUUGCUUCUGUUAGAGACAGCUGACUUCAGCAAUGUUGGGCAUUUAUGGAACUAUGACGUGGACAAGCUUCUAGCAAAUACCAACCUCAUCAUAUCUUGGAAGCGAAGUCCUCUAAGUCCAAACAAGGAAAGUAUGAAACAGUGACUUUUCCAGGCAUAGAACUGGGAUGAAAAGUACUGAUCAAUACUUUAUUGCCUGCGCUUUCACAAUGAAGGCCAUGGAGGAUCAAGUAGUCCAAGAAGAAUCAGGAUACCAGGAUGAUGAGGAAUCCUUUUUUCAGGAUAUUGACCUGCUACAAAAGCAUGGAAUUAACGUAGCAGAUAUUAAAAAACUGAAGUCAGUUGGGAUCUGCACUAUCAAAGGAAUCCAGAUGACAACAAGACGGGCGCUGUGCAAUGUAAAAGGGCUUUCAGAGGCCAAGGUGGACAAGAUUAAAGAAGCCGCAAAUAAGCUUAUUGAGCCAGGAUUCCUGACCGCAUUUGAGUACAGUGAAAAACGGAAGAUGGUCUUUCAUAUUUCUACUGGCAGCCAGGAAUUUGAUAAACUUCUGGGUGGUGGGAUUGAAAGCAUGGCAAUCACUGAGGCUUUUGGAGAGUUCCGGACAGGCAAAACCCAGCUAUCUCACACCCUUUGUGUGACAGCUCAGCUUCCAGGACCAAGUGGCUACACAGGUGGAAAGAUUAUCUUCAUUGAUACUGAAAACACUUUCCGACCAGACCGUCUUCGUGACAUUGCUGAUCGCUUCAACGUUGACCACGAUGCCGUACUUGACAACGUGCUGUAUGCACGUGCAUAUACUAGUGAACAUCAGAUGGAAUUGCUCGACUAUGUCGCAGCCAAGUUCCAUGAGGAAGCUGGUAUCUUCAAGCUAUUGAUCAUUGACUCCAUAAUGGCACUCUUCCGUGUGGAUUUCAGUGGUCGUGGAGAGUUGGCUGAACGACAACAGAAACUCGCUCAGAUGCUGUCAAGGCUCCAAAAAAUAUCAGAAGAAUAUAACGUGGCUGUGUUUGUGACCAAUCAGAUGACCGCUGAUCCAGGAGCAACUAUGACCUUCCAGGCAGACCCAAAGAAGCCCAUUGGGGGCCACAUCCUCGCUCAUGCUUCGACUACCCGAAUUAGUUUGAGGAAAGGGCGGGGGGAGCUGCGCAUUGCCAAGAUAUAUGACAGUCCUGAGAUGCCUGAAAAUGAAGCCACAUUCGCAAUAACUGCUGGAGGGAUUGGAGAUGCCAAAGAAUAGGCAGAAAACAGAUUCAAAUAUACAGCUGAAAACCUCCUAGGUAGUUGGGAUGAAGAUCUGUGCAAAGUCACUGACUCCCUGGCUGCAUUUUUAUAUUUUUGGAACCGCUUGAGAGCUUUUGGGAGGACAGUAGGAUAAACUCUGCGUGGUUCAGUUUUAUUGAUCUUAAUAGAAUUUGGUUCAUUUAGGCUCUUCACUUUGCAAAUGAACUUUCAGCAGACAAAGAUAUAAAAACCAAGCUCGUGAACUGUUCAAAGAAUCCAUUUCCUGUUUUUUGUGAAAAUCAAAGCUGUCUUUUCAUGUUUAAUAUUUUAGUUCCUUUAAAGAAAUCUCUGAGGUAGUGUAAAAUCAAACAGAAUUAGAAUUAGUUUAAAAAUUGACAAGUACAUAGGUGAU